AUGUCGGUUGCCCUUCGUCCCAGUCUGCGACCCAAUUCGCUACCCAGUUUACCUUCGGCCACCACCUCUACCACCUACGUCUGUCAGGCAUGUCGACACGCGCGACUCAUAAAGCGACCGAAACGGCCGUAUACAUUCACUCAGCUGGUCACGCUCUCCGACGGUAGCGCUUUCACCAUGCGGACUACUUCUCCCAUCCCGGUAUACAGAUCGACCCGGGACACCAGAAAUUCUCCCUUGUGGAACCCUACCUCGAAAGAGCUUUUGAACGUUGAAGACGACGAGUCAGGGAGGUUGGCGAGCUUCCGAGCCCGGUUCGGCACCAGCUUCGACAGUUCAAAAACAGCCAAGAAGACCGACCAGGUUGCCCCAGACUCUCUCGCGAACCCCCCGUCCUCGUCAGAGAGUAGAGCCGCCCCUACAAAAGAACCGACAUUUGAGGAGGAGCAGAAUAUGUUUGCUGAGGAUGACAUCAACCUUUUGGACUUUGUGAGCUCAUUCGGCCAGGAAGGCAGUCAACAAAAUGUGCCAGCACAGCCGAAAAAGAGUGAGAAAAAGUAG